AUGGGAGGAGGAGAGCUACCUGGGCUUUUGGUAAAUGAAAUCGGUGCAAUACGUGGAAUACUGCAUGACCACAUAGCGUUCCUGAAGAAACAUUUCUACCUCAUCACCAUGAAGGAAUUUCUUGAAAACAGAAAGCAUAUGAGCAAAAAGGUCCAAGCAAUCCGUUUGUGGUGGCACAAAUCAGUCAUUGACCAAGAGCUCCUCCAGAGCCUGCCAAACUUGAAAGUGAUUGCAAAUUCAGGAGUAGGGAUGGAUCACCUGGAUAUGAAACUUGUAGCUAGCUUUGGUGUGAAGGUGGCUAAUGCUCCAUGUGAUGUUUCUGGCAGCACAGCAGAUACUGGGAUGGCUUUGCUGCUGGCAUCUGCUAGAAGACUAGUGGAAGGCUAUCAGGUUGCAAUUUCUUCGGGUAUGGAGUAUUGUGAAGCUGAUUUUCUGGGAGUUGAAGUUACUAGAGCUACUCCGGGGAUCAUAGGCAUGGGCAGCGUUGGGUAUAAGAUUGCUCUGAGAGCCAAAGCGUUUGAAAUGAACAUUUUGUACCACAACAGGACACGGAGGAAAAAGCAAGAGGAGCAAGCUGUUGGCGCCACUUACUGCAAAAAGAUAGACAGCUUGCUCCAGAAGGCAGAUUUUGUGAUGGCGGUGGUGAGCCUGACGCCUCUGACAGAUGAGCUGAUUGGGAAAAGAGAGAUGGAGCUGAUGAAACCUGCAGCUACUCUCAUUAACAUCAGCCGAGGUGCAGUAGUUGACCAAGAGGCGGCGACAGCUCUGCAGACCGGUGUUCUCAGGGCCGCAGCUUUGGAUGUCACCUACCGGGAACCACUGCCCAGAGAUCAUAUGUUGUUAAAAUUAAAGAACAUCAUUCUAAUGCCUCACCUCAGCAUUAAAACAGACAAGGCCACCUACAUGAUAACCGAGGAAGCAGCUGAAAACAUACUAGCAGCUCUUAAUGGUCUCCCCAUACCCAGUGAAGUGCUCCCUAGCUGA